AAUAUCCCCGUGUCUUAUGGACCGAGCGUCGUACGGGCGGAUAAACACAGCUCCUCACUGGGAACGGCCGGCCUUCACCGUUUCCCUCCGUUGGAUCCGACCGUGGGAGCAUGUCUGAGGACCAGGGGCCCACUUUCAAAGAAGAAAUGAUGGACGAGGGGUCGGUGACGAUGGAGGACGUGGCCGGUUCCUUCGCCCAUAAAGAGUGGGAGGGUCUGAACCCUGCCCAGCGCAACCUGUACUGGGAUGCAAUGCUGGAGAAUUACGGGAAACUCGCCUCGCUGGGGUUUCCCGUUCCCAAAGCGGAAACGGGCUCCCAGCCGGAGGAGAGGAAAGACCCGUGGGGCCGGGACGCGCAGGAGCCCGAGGAAAAAGAGGCCCCGAAAGAUCCUGCCAGAGACGCGGCCCGGAAGCCAGGCAGCGGCGGGGCCAAAAGGGCCCACAAGACGGUGACGUUCGAGACCAAGAUGGAGAUCCUGCGCCGCCUGGACGGCGGGGAGCGGCAGGGCCAGGUGGCCCGCUCCCUGGGCCUGCCCCACUCCACGGUGAGCACCAUCGUGAAGAACCGGGCCCGGAUCGUGCGCUACGUCCAGAGCGCGGGCAGCCUGCAGGCCGUCAUGGUCAACCCCAAGCGGGGCGCGCUGCUGGAGGAGACGGAGCGCCUGCUGACCCUGUGGCUGGACCACCAGGCCCGGCGGCGGGUCCCCGUCAACCAGGCGGUCAUCUCGGCCAAGGCCAGGAGCCUCCACGAGGCCCUGCGGGAGCGCCUGGGCGACGGGGCCAAGGAGGAGCCCCCGUUCUGCGCCAGCCACGGCUGGUUCGCCCGGUUCAAGCGGCGGGCCGGCCGGCCGGCGGGCCCCGCGGCCGCCGCGGCCUCGGCCUACCGGGCGGAGCUGGCCGGGCUGAUCGCCGGCGGCGGCUACGGCGCCCGCCAGGUGUUCAACGUGGACGAGACGGGCCUGUUCUGGAAGAAGCUGCCCGACAGCACGUCCCUGGCCCGGGAGGAGAAGCGGGCGCCGGGCCGCAAGCCGGCCAAGGACCGGCUGACCCUGCUGCUGGGCGGGAACGCCGCCGGGGACUUCAAGGUCAAGCCGCUCCUGGUCUACCACGCGGAGAACCCCCGGGCCUUCAGGGGGAAGGUCAAGGCCUCGCUGCCCGUGCUGUGGCGGUCCGGCCCCAAGGGCCGGGUCACCCCCGCCCUGUUCCAGGACUGGUUCGCCGGCGAGUUCGUGCCGGCCGUGCGGGCCUACCUGCGGCGGCACGGCCUGGCCUUCAAGGCCCUGCUGCUGCUGGACCGUGCCCCCGGCCACCCGCCGGCCCUGGGGGGCCUGGUGCCCGGGGUGAGCGUGGCCUUCCUGCCCCCGGCCGCCGCCUCGCUGCUGCAGCCCAUGGAGCAGGCGGUCAGCGCCGUCUUCAAGCGCUACUACGCCCGCCGCACGCUCAGCCAGGCGCUGGCCGCCACGGAGGGGGGCGGCGGCGCCGCCGGCCCCGCCCUGCGCGACUUCUGGAGGGGCUACGACAUCUGGACGGCGGCCCGCAACCUCGGCGACGCCUGGGCCGAGGUCGGGGCGCCCACCCUCAACGGCUCCUGGGCCGCGCUGUGCCCCCAGUUCCUGGCCGCCGACCCCCGGCCCGCCCCGGAGACCCCCGAGGGGCUCACGCGGGAGAUCGUGGCCCUGGGGCGGCGGCUGCGGCUGGAGAUGGACGCCGCCGACGUGGACGGCUGGAUGGACGCCCACCCGGAGGAGUCCCUGUCCGACGACGACCUCCUCGAGUGCCGCCGCCGCCGCCGCGGGGCCCCGGGGGCGGAGGCCGGGGGGCCGGCGCCGCCCCCCGCGCGCCCGGGCCUGGGCCCCGGACGGCUGGCGGCCAUCCUGAGGAAAGCGGACGAGCUCCUGGAAGCCAUCCUGGAGGAGGACCCCGACCGGGAGAGGAGCGCCAGGGUGCGGCGGGGCGUCCGGAGGGAGCUGGCCUGCUACAGGAGCCUCGAACAGAAGCAGAAGAAGGAGAAGAAGAAGGCGGCCCCCGGCCAGUCGGACGGGACCUCGGCCGCGGACUCCCGCUCCCCCUUCCCUCCGACGGCUCUCGAGGGGCGCCACUCGUUUCUCCCCGCGCGCGGCCCUCCCAGUCCCCGUCCCCACCUGACGGACGAGGGGCCCGAGGCCCGGAGAAGCGCGGUCGUCAUUCAGGGGUCGGUCGAGCGGUCGGACGGGUGA